AUGGCCCCCAGGCGCUCGGGAGGAGGGAGCCCGCUGUCGAGGCUCUGCUGCUUUCUGGUCUGCCUCUCCUCCGCCUCCGCCCAGCUCAGCUACUCCGUGUCGGAGGAGCUCAGCCCGGGAUCCGUCGUGGGGAACAUCGCUAAAGAUCUGGGCCUGAGCCCCCAGAGGAUUGUCCAAAGGAGGCUGCGGGUUGAAUCCGAAUCGGCUAUUCAGUAUUUUGAGGUGAGGCAAGCGAGCGGAGAUUUGGUGAUUAAGCAGCAAAUUGACAGAGAGCAGAUGUGCGAGUCGAGCUCGUCCUGCUCGCUCCACCUUCAGAUCCUUUUAUCGGAUCCUUUGGACAUCCAGCGCGUCGUGGUGGACAUCGUGGAUGUGAACGACAACGCUCCGCAAUUUUCCACCGACAGCGUGUCUUUGGAGAUAUCCGAGGCCUCCGCGCAGGGCACAAGAUUCCGAUUGGAAAGUGCGCACGACCCGGACGUGGGUACCAACUCAUUACGCACGUACCACCUCGCUGAAAAUGACUUUUUUACUUUGAAUGUCGAGACCAAAAGUGACGGAACAAAGUUUCCAGAGCUUGUGGUAGACAAACUUCUCGACAGGGAGGCGCAGGCCUCCUUUGAGCUGCUACUUACUGCUGUGGAUGGGGGGCAGCCGCAGAAAUCAGGCUCUACGCUUCUUCUUAUUAAAGUUCUGGAUGUAAAUGACAACGCGCCUAUUUUCGAGGAGUCUGUCAACAAGGUGAGCCUUUUAGAGAAUGUCGCACUGGGCACUUUAGUGACGAAAUUGAACGCCACGGAUGCGGACUCGGGUCGCAAUGGAGAAAUAUCAUUCAUGUUUAGUAAAUACACGCCGGAGCGUGUCCUUAAACUUUUCACUGUGGAUGCUAAGACUGGGGAGAUUCGUGUCAACGGUGAGGUGGAUUAUGAAAAGGCGUCAUCCUAUCACAUAACGGUGCAGGCCCGAGAUGGUGGCUCCCCAGCCAUGGAGGGCUCCUGUAACGUCAUUGUUGACGUCACGGAUGUCAAUGACAACGUCCCAGAGGUCACGCUGACAUCACUCACAAGCCCCAUUAGGGAAGACUCCGCACCGGGGACAGUGAUUGCCCUCAUCAGCGCUCGCGAUCUUGACUCGGGCAAGAAUGGAGAGGUCAGUUUGACCAUCCCGCACGGACUGCCUUUUAAACUCAACUCUGCUUUCGGGAUGCACUACAGUCUCAUCACAGCGGGGCCCCUCGACCGGGAGACAGAGUCCGAGUACAAAGUGGUCAUCAGGGCUUCUGAUGGCGGCUCACCCCCCCUGUCGUCACAAAACACCUUUGUUGUGAAACUCUCCGAUGUAAACGAUAAUGCACCUAUCUUUUCCCAAAAUUCCUACUCCUUGGACAUCCCUGAGAAUAAUGCCCCAAGCGCCCCCAUAGCUGCCGUUUCGGCAACUGACCCGGACCUGGGCGACAACGCCCGCAUCACCUACUCCAUUCUCCCAAGUAUGGUUCAGGGCUCACCCAUUUCCUCUUAUGUCUACAUUAACCCAGACAACGGGCAAAUCUUCAGCAUGCGGUCCUUGGACCACGAGCAGAUUAAAGCAUUCCGUAUUGAGGUUCAGGCCCGGGACGCCGGAGCGCCCUCCAGGACCACCAAUGUCACUGUACACGUGUUUGUGGUGGAUGUGAAUGACAACCCACCUGUGAUUGUACACCCUGAAAUUCCAGAAGACAAAGGACUGCAGCUUAUUGUGCCCCCCUCCGUCGGACCGGGGUACCUUGUGAAUAAACUUGUGGGGGUGGAUGCUGACAGCGGGCACAAUGCUUGGUUGUUCUACUCCAUCGCCCCCGGGCCGCAUGCUGGCAUGUUUCGCAUCGGGGCGCACUCCGGCGACCUUCGCACAGCGCGAAAGUGGGCCGAGGAGGAAGAGGGCUCCAUUUACCACAUUGUGGUCAUAAUCCAAGACAAUGGCGAGCCGCCAAGGUCGAGCACGGUGAACAUCACAGUCACCGUGGACGAGAAGGGAGUAGCCGACGACGCCCCGGCGCGACCUCACCACACGGCGUUCUCACCACGCAACGGGAUGUCAGACAUUACCCUGUAUCUCAUCAUCUCGCUCGCCUGUGUCUCAGGCGUGUCUUUUAUCACUUUCGCCAUCCUCAUGGUGCGUUGCCUGAGACACCGCGGGCAUGGAAUGGGCGAUUCCGACUGCUGCUACUGCUGCUAUGGCAACCAUCGCGUUGGCCGCUACCACCAGAGGCCAAGUAAGGAUCUGCACCUGCAGCUUAACACGGACGGGCCCAUCCGUUACAUGGAGGUGGUGGGAGGCCCCCAGGAUCCGCACACACGCACAUAUAGACCCUGCUACUCCACCAUAUCCAGCAGGAGUGACUUUGUUUUCAUGAAGACACCCAUGCUGAGCCACAACAACACCCUCAACACCACCCUCAGCAGGAAGAACCUUAUGAACUCGGCCGGUGAGCAAAAGCCUCCCAACAAUGACUGGCGCUUUAACCAGGGACCAAGACCAGGACCCAGCGGUCCCCACAUGCCAUACGGUACACAUAUACGCUGGACGCCGAAGAGUGGGACAAGGGCUGCCGGAGGACCAGAGGUUGCUAUGGGAACCGGCCCUUGGCCCCAACCCCCAACUGAAGCUGAACAGCUCCAAGCCCUGAUGGCCGCAGCCAAUGAGGUGAGCGAAGCGACUGGCACCCUGGGACCCGGUACCAUGGGCCUGAGUACCCGCUACAGCCCGCAGUUCACCCUGCAGCACGUGCCCGACUACCGCCAGAACGUCUACAUACCCGGCAGCACGGCCACGCUCACCUCCAACCCCCAGCAGCAGCAGCAGCAAGCGAUGGCCCAGCAGGCCAGCCAGCAGGCUCUGCCCCCGCCGCAGCAGGGCCAGCCCGAGCCCCCGAAAGCCGCUCAGACCCCCGCUUCCAAGAAGAAGUCUACCAAGAAGGAGAAAAAGUAG